AUGGCCCUCUCCUCCCCACCCCAACCCCGAGGAAAUCCAUUAAUAUACAGACCCCUCUCCUCCAUUCUUCCCAUCCGGAACCUCAAUUUCCAUCUCCGGAACCAAAAUCCUAAAAAAUUAUUCAUAAUCUCGGCACAAAACGGCAAUGGAAAUGACAAUGGACUAACAUCAGAAAGUAACAUCGAAAACGGCGGUAGAGUUGAUGGAGAAAAGGGGAAGGCUAAUAAUGGACGGCCGAGAUUGAAUUUUAGAUGGGUGGAUUUGUUGCUGGACCCUGAUCCGGAUAACCUUGUGGCCGUCGGAUUGACUGGUCUGCUGACCUGGGCAAGUGUUCAGGUACUAUGGCAGCUGUUCACCAUAUCAAUAGCCAUAUUGCUUGCUGCUCUCAAAUAUACACUUGUUGCUGCUCUUCUAAUCUUUAUUCUCAUCACUCUUCUCUGA